AUGAUGCUUUACGCCUUUGUGUCUGCGUUGAUAUGUUUCUUCAGCAUAACGCAUGCGUUUUAUUUACCAGGUGUGGCACCUACCGAUUAUAAACAAGGUGAUCCAAUCCCCUUAUAUGUUAAUCAUUUGACACCGUCAUUGCACCAUACUUCAGACCAAGGAAAAGUGCAAUCUGCCACAUAUGUUUACUCAUACGACUACUAUUAUCCAAAGUUCCAUUUCUGUACUCCAGAGGGAGGUCCUAAGAAGCAACUGGAAUCUUUAGGAUCUAUUAUAUUUGGUGAUAGAAUUUUCAAUUCACCUUUUGAUAUUAAGAUGAUGGAAAACAAAGAAUGUGAAAGAGUAUGUUCUUCUAAAUAUACUAAACAAGACUCCGUUUUUGUUAAUAGAAAUAUUAGAGCUAGUUAUAACCACAAUUGGAUCGUUGAUGGUUUACCAGUUGCUAAACAAGUUCUAGAUGAAAGAACGAAGACCAUUUUCCUUGGUCCUGGAUUCCCAAUCGGUCAAGUUGAUGCACAAAACGGUGCCCAUUUACAUAAUCACUUUGAUAUUACUAUUGAAUACCACGAGAGAAGCAAGGGUAAUUUCAGAGUUGUUGGUGUCACCGCCAACCCAACUUCGUUGGAUAGAUCUGCCCUUGGAGAUGAUGCAACCAAAGACCAACUUUGUGAUGGAAACUUAAAGCCAAUUCAAUUAAGUAAAGACAAGGAAACAAAUGUCAUUUUCACUUACUCAGUUCAAUUUAAGCCAAGCGAUGUUGCCUGGGCCACAAGAUGGGAUAAGUAUUUACAUGUUUAUGACCCAAAAAUUCAAUGGUUCUCCUUGAUCAAUUUCUCAUUAAUUGUUUUGAUUCUUGGUAUCAUUAUUGCCCAUAUCCUUGUUAAAACUUUAAAGAAUGAUAUUGUCAAAUAUAACGAAGUCAACUUAGAUGACGAUAUUGCUGAUGAAAGCGGUUGGAAAUUAGUUCAUGGUGAUGUCUUUAGAGCUCCAAAACAGAGAUUAUUGUUAUCUGUAUUAGUCGGAAGUGGUAUCCAGAUCUUCUUCAUGGCAUUCGCUACUAUGGCCUUUGCCUUAUUUGGAUUAUUAUCUCCAUCAAAUAGAGGGUCGUUAUCGACUUUUAUGUUUAUCCUUUACAUCUUGUCAAGUUUCAUUUCAUCCUUUGUUUCAAGUUACCUUUACAGAUUCCUUGGUGGUGAUAACUGGAAGUUGAAUAUGAUCCUAACCCCUACUCUUGUUCCAGGGGCGUUGUUUGGUAUUUUCGUUUUAUUGAACUUCUUUUUGAUUUCCGUGAAUUCAUCUGGGGCUAUCCCAGUGGGAACUAUGGUUGCUAUUAUUUUCAUUUGGUUUUUAAUUUCCAUUCCAUUAUCUGUUGUUGGAUCCAUCCUUGCCUCCAAGAGAAAGUUGCUCGAUGUUCCAGUUAGAACUAAUCAAAUUCCGAGACAAAUUCCUCCUCAACCGUGGUAUUUGAGAACCAUCCCAGUCAUGCUUAUUUCUGGUGUUUUCCCAUUCGGAUCCAUAGCUGUUGAAAUGUAUUUCAUUUAUUCUUCAAUUUGGUUUAAUAAGAUUUUCUACAUGUUUGGAUUCUUAUUCUUCUGUUUCUUAUUAAUGAUCGUAACUACCAGUUUGAUUACAGUUUUGAUGAGUUAUUACACUUUAUGUUCGGAAAAUUACAAAUGGCAUUGGAAAGCAUUUUUCGUUGGUGGUGGUUGUGCCGUUUAUGUAUUCGUCCAUUCAUUAUUCUUAAUGAAUGGUGAAAAAUUAGCUGGAUUCACUUCUUUGGUGUUAUAUACUGGGUACUCAGUUGUCAUUUCAUCAUUGGUAUUCCUUUGCUGCGGAUCUGUUGGUUUCGUAAGUGCAUUAGUCUUUGUCAGAUUAAUCUAUUCACAAAUUAAGAUCGAUUAG